AUGAAGCUCGUCUGCUGUACGCCUGGAAGCAGUGAUUAUGAGAAGGAAUCUUUCCAGACGGAAAGGGGUUCAAAUCUUCAACCAUGUGCGUUGUUUUUUGGUCGGCUGCAGCAGCAGCACGUGGUUUUGAGCACGUGCAAAGACAAUAUUCAUUGGUCCAUCAUUUUGGUUCACAAGCUUUUGGGCCCAACUGAUUGA